AUGAAGCCAGCGUUCAUUAGUAGCACCAAGCCAAGCCAAGAUGAGCUUCUAGAAGAAAAGAUUCUUGAUAAAAUGUCUCAUAUUAUUCCUAGAGUUAGUUUCAAUCACAUUGACAACACAACCAGUGCAGAGAAGAGCAAGGCCAAAAUCAUAAACCUAAAAGACAAGUUCUGUGUUGGGGACAAUUUAACCAUUCAAGUUGACAUGUUUGAUUAUUUGGGUAACAGAAAGACCUAUGGAGGAGACUUUAUACGAGCAAGAAUCUCUAACCCAAAACUUGGAGCAGGUGCUUCUGGAAUCAUUGACGAUUAUAACAAUGGAACCUACCAUGUUCAUUUUACUUUAUUUUGGGAAGGAAGAGUCUAUAUCUCAUUGUUACUGUAUCAUCCGAGUGAGGGUGUUUCAGCACUAUGGAAAGUAAGAAAUGAGAAGUUUGGCCUCAUAAACUUUGUAGGAACCUUUGCACAUAAGGAAAAACAGGCUAAGACAGAAUGCGGUUUUCAACUUAACACAACUGAAGAUAAAUGUGAAUACAAAGAUGAGCGAAACACUGAAUCAUUUUACUGUGUUCGGCCACAAAAUAUGCAUUGUGACUCAUUAACGUACCUGCAGUCGUUGAAUACAGAUCAUUCAUUCCUUACCAAGUUAGAAAAGGAGCUGUUUAACAGAGAUAAAAUUGCACAUGAAAUUAAAGGAGAUUUUGAAAACAUUGAGACAACCCCCUGCACCGAUCCGUCCUCAUCUUAUCAAGAACCGUGUAGGAUUGGUAUGGGCUUCCCCUACCCAAGUGGAUUCUUUUUAAACAAUCUCUGGAGACCUGUAUUCUGCAACUUAACCAUUUUUCCAGCUGAACAGAUCAAAACUUGUCUAAAAGGCAAACUAAUAUAUCUGAUGGGAGACUCUACUCUGCGCCAGUGGUUCCUGAACUUAGCUCAGAUUCUGAAAAGUCUCAAGAAUUUGGAUCUCCACAGAUCUGGAUUGGAAUCAAUGCUUCUAGCUAUAGAUAUGGACCAGAACAUCCGGUUGCAAUGGAAAAAGCACAGUCACCCAAUUGUAGCAAGUCAUUUUUACUUGGUCAAAGAUGAUGCAUACAUUAGUGAGGAAAUAGACCGUCUAGCUGGAGGUCCAGAAACUGUCAUUGCCAUUACACUGGGGCAACACUUCAGACCAUUUCCCAUCCUCCUUUUCAUCAGGAGGGUGAUAAGUGUACGCAGAGCUGUAGAACAUCUAUUGCUCCGCAGCCCAAAAACCAAGGUUAUUAUUAAGGCUGAGAAUACUCGAGAAAUAAGCACUAAUGUAGAGAGGUUCAGUGACUUUUAUGGGUUCCUCCAGUAUAUGAUUGUAAAAGAUCUCUUCCAGGAUCUCAAUGUUGGUGUUGUUGAUGCCUGGGAUAUGACAAUUGCUUCUAAUUCAAACAAUGUACAUCCAUCAGAUAGUGUUGUCAGAAACCAGAUCAAUUUGCUCCUAUCAUACAUUUGCUAA